AUGUCGUCGCAGCAGCCGCCAACCGCAUCCUCGUCGGCCCCACCCCUCUGCACGCUGCGGGUGCAGGUGCUCUCGGCCAGGAACCUCGCUGCCAAGGACAGAAACGGCAAAUCGGACCCCUUUGUGCUCGUCAGCCUACCCGGCUCCGUCGCCUCGGCCCAUCACGAUGCAGACUCACGCUCCCAGACCACCGUAAAGCCAAAGACGCUCGAUCCCACCUGGACAGCCGACGAGGCCACCUUCAACUUUCCCGUGCUCCCGGAAUGGUUCGGUCCCAACUUUGCCGCCGUGGCGACCGAAGACAUCGACUCGUCUGUCGUGCGUCGCGCCAUCCAACAUGCCAUAGUCCCCGACCCGGCUGCACAAGCCCCAACAUCCUCGGGCGCUCAAACGCCAGACACCAACGCAAAAUCGCGCCCACGUCUCAAUCUUCGCUCCGCCUCCUCCAAGCGCAUCCAGGGCGCCGCUUCCAAGAUCCUCGUCGCCCCCGUCCGUCUCGGUGCGGCAGGCGCUCGUGUAGUCGGCAGGCAGAUGCCCAGGCCCAUGCGGCUGCGUCGUCGCAAUCCGCUCACCAACUCGCGUCCCUCGUCCACGCUCGGCUCAGACAGCCCCUCCACCGCCGCACUCCAAGACACUAAACCGCCCCGCGGCUCCAUCCAGCUAGACGCCUCCAACGGCAUGGUCUCGUCGCUCGAAUUCGUCAUCUGGGACAAGGACCGCUUCUCCGGAAACGACUACAUGGGCGAAUGCUCCCUCCAGGUCGCACAGUGGUGCCAGGAUGGCCUGGCUGAAUGGUCCAACGCGCAGCCGCUCUGGCUCCCCGUCGAAUCCUCCCGUCCAGACGCAAAGAUCAGCGGCGAACUCCAGGUCAAGGUCGGAUUCGUGCCCCUCGACGCCGCAGCCCACUCCUCGUCCGGUCCGCGCUCCUGGAGCGUACAGGAAGUCUACAACCGCCUCGUACUCGCCACGCUCGGCUCGGCCGGUGCCGCCGUGCGCGCCAUCCCUGCCUCCCAGUCCGUAGGCACCGCGGCCGCCCAAGAAGCCUUUGUCGACGACGGCCUCAGCAGCGACGAUAGCGACGAAGAGGACGACGACGAUGAUGAUGACGACGAAGACGACGACGACAUCACCGACCGUGAUGACGACCUCAUCACCUCGGACGGCGACGACCGCAGCGACCUCAACGACGGCAUCGAGUUUGACUCGGACGACGAAGCCGUCUACGACCAGCACUACCAGUCCAUCGCAGCCACCCCAUCCGCCGCUUCCAAGUCCUCGGCUGCACCGCAGUCGGCCGCACUCCUCACACCACCCCCGCCGACGCAGCCGACAUCACGACCGGGCAAGUAUCGACGCAUGUUCUCGCGCACCAAGGGCCUCAGGUCGGCACAGACUUCGGGUGCCGCAACGCCCAUCGAAUCCACCAGCUCCGACGUCGAGGCCGCGCGCUCCACAGCCACCGGCACCGAUCUCGGCGCAAGCACCGACGCCAAGCCGCGCACAAGGCGACGUCUGCCCGGCGUCAAGCGUCUCAAGUCGAGCAACGCAGUGCCCGCCGCGGCUGACGGCAGCACGCCCCGGACCCGCACCCGCCGCAUCAAGCGACGCGGAGGCGCCGCCGGCCGCAAGCGCGGAGAGUACGCCUUCAAGGCCGAGAUGGGCAUGGAUAUCAUCGGCAUCGUCAUGAUGGAGGUGCAGGGCGCCAGCGACCUGCCGCGCUGGACCAACGUCACGCACACCAGCUUCGACAUGGACCCCUUCGCUAUCAUCAGCUUUGGCCAAAAGAUCUUCCGCACCCGCGUCGCGCGCCACACGCUCAACCCCACCUGGAACGAGAAGCUCCUCUUCCACGUCCGCCGCCACGAGACCAACUUCCAGGCCAAGUUUAUGAUCUACGACUGGGAUCGCAUGUCGUCCAACGACUAUGUCGGCGGCGCCAGCAUCUCGAUCGCCGAGCUGCUCGAUGCGGCGCCCAAGCCCGAUACGCUCACCGGUCUCUAUGCCGACGACGACGGCGUGCUGGGCUCGAUGAAGCAGUUUGUCCUCCCGCUCUCGCGCGUCGAGAAGGACGAGGAGGUCAAGUUCAAGCGCACCACCAAACCGCCCUCGCUCACCAUCCAGGCCAAGUUUACGCCCUACGACGCGCUCCGUCAGCGCUUCUGGAGGCAGCUGGCGCAGCAGUUUGACACCAACGACAGCGGGACCCUCUCGCGCCUCGAGCUGUCGAGCAUGCUCGAGAGUCUCGGCAGCACGCUCAGCACAAAGACGCUCGACAGCUUCUUCCACGCGCUCGACAAGAACCCGGACGAGGACGAGCUGAGCUUUGACGACAUCAUCGUCGCGCUCGAGGCCGAGGUGCAGAAGCCGUGGGCGCUCAAGCGCAAGGCCAUGCAGCCGUCCAACCUCAACAGCGGCGCACAGACGCCCUCGCUUCUCGGAGGCGUCGGCGACAUCGGAACCGACGUCAAUCAAGAUGCGGACCUGAGCGGAGCCAAUGCGCCCAGCGCCGACGGCCCCGGCACGGAAGCAGCGGCCGCCAACCAAGCGGGCGGCAACAUGCGCCCGUUGGAUCGCGACUUUUCGGCGCUGUCCAUGACCUCGUCUACCGACUCUUCGUCGACGGGCGGCGGUGCGCAGCUGGCUGAUCCCGGUGCCGGCGGCGCGGCGGACAAGCGGCGCAGCGCGUCAAACUCAAGCUCGGGGAUGCUCUCGACGUCGCCGACGCCUCCACUCAUCCAGGUUGAGGGCGAGGGUGAGGCGGGCGAGGCUGGUUCGUCGUACGACGAUGCGCAGGCGGUGGAGCGCGUGGUGCGUCUGCAGUCGUGUCCGCUGUGCCACAUGCCGCGGCUGUCGAACAAGGGCGAGAUGGACAUCAUCACGCACCUCGCCGUAUGCGCCGCGCACGACUGGCGGCGCGUCGAGAGCCUGACGGUGCGCAACUACGUGACGGCGAGCCAGGCGCACCGCAAGUGGUACACCAAGGUGGUCAACAAGAUCAGCCAGGGCAACUACUCGCUCGGCGCCAACAGCGCCAACAUCAUCGUGCAGGACCGCAUCUCGGGCGAGCUGAUGGAGGAAAAGAUGCAGGUGUACGUCCGGUUGGGCAUCCGACUGCUGUACCAGGGCGCACGCUCGCGCAUGGAGGGCGCGCGGGUGAAGCGCAUGCUCAAAAACAUGAGCGUCAAGCAAGGGGUCAAGUUUGACAACCCUGCGAGCGCGCGCGAGAUUGCGGGAUUCAUUGCGUUCCACAACCUCGACCUCGACGAGAUCCGCGAGCCGCUCGAGAGCUUUACGACGUUCAACGAGUUUUUCUAUCGCAAGCUCAAGCCGGACGCGCGGCCGAACGAGGAGCCGGACAACCCGGCGCGGCUGGUGAGCGGCGCCGACUGCCGCAUGAUGGCGUUUGAAAGCGUGAGCGAGGCGACGCGGAUCUGGAUCAAGGGCCGCGACUUUAGCGUGGCGCGGCUGCUGGGCGAGGCGGCUGCGCCGUCGGAGCUGGACAGCUACCAGACGGGCGGUGCGCUGGCGAUCUUCCGACUGGCGCCGCAGGACUACCACCGGUUCCACUGCCCUGCGGACGCGACGGUGGGCAAGCCGACGUGGAUCACGGGGCAGUACUACACGGUGAACCCCAUGGCGAUCCGGUCGGCGAUCGACGUGUACGGCGAAAACAUCCGCGUGGUGGUGCCGUUCCACUCGGACCACUUUGGCACCUUUUACGCCGUCUGCAUCGGCGCCAUGAUGGUCGGCAGCACCGUGCUCACCGUCAAAGAGGGGCAGAGGGUGGCGCGCGGCGACGAGUUUGGUUUCUUUAAAUUUGGCGGCUCGACGAUCGUGCUUGUGUUCGAGAAGGGCCGGCUGGCUUGGGACCAGGAUCUGCUGGACAACUCGCGUGCAGCGAUCGAGACGCUCGUGCGCGUGGGCAUGGGCAUCGGGCGCGCUCAAUCCUCGUAG